CCCAUGCUGCAUUGCGGUUCUGAUCAGCGAUUUACGUGCUUAAAAAUACUCAAAAAUACUUCAAAAUGUCAAGACAAAGUGCCCAUGACGCUGCUGUCCUCGAUGUGGUUUUCAAUCCUCUUCUGCCAGCGGGUCAAGAAAUUCCCGAAGAACGUCCAGAAGACUCAAUCGAGGCUGAAUUUCAGGAUAAUUCAGAUGAGGCUAACAGAGCAAAAGAGCUUGAGCUUGAGGGAGUGAAAAGUGCAGAGGCCAAUGAUUUAGACGCUGCAUUGAACUUUUUCAACCAGGCAGUAUCCCUUGCUCCAAACCGGGCUUCAUGCUACAACAACAGGGCACAAGCACUCCGCUUACGUGGAGAUGUGGAUGGAGCCCUUGAGGAUUUGAACAAGGCGAUCGAGCUAAGCCAGGGGACUGGUAAAGCAGCCUGUCAAGCUUACACCCAACGAGGGCUCAUCUACAGACUGGAGAAGAGAGACGACGAGGCGUUGGCCGAUUUCAAACGUGCCGCCAACCUCGGGAGCCCCUUCGCACGCACGCAGGUGAUUCAGAUGAACCCUUACGCUGCCAUGUGCAACCAGAUGCUGUCUGAGGUCAUGGGUCGUCUUAGAGAAGGAGAGUGCCAGGAGUGAAAGGGUUAAUGGACUGCCUUUUGGGAAACCGAUGUAUACAGCUGCAUGCAACAGCAUUGGUAUCAAAAUACUGUUACAUUGAAGCAGUAACGAAUUGACUUAUUGCAUGCAUGAAGUAUCACCUGUCACAAUGUUGUAAGAGGUGAGGGUUUUACUGUUCUAAACAGUGUUGAGAGAAAAGGCUAUAUAAAACAGACAUUGAGCCCAACACCCUAAUCUAACUCACCAGGGGAGUGUUUCAGUGACUUUCACAAAGACUAAAAUGGCACUGAAAUGCUGACAGGUAUCUGAAAUGCAACACGCAAUCUACUUGUAAUUGAUCAAUACUCAGUAGUGCGCGUCCUCUUUGCAUGAUCUGACCAAUGCGGUCAUGGCUUUUAUACCGCCCGCAACUAGGCAUUUAAGUGCUACUCUAAGUCAUGCUUAAAUCUUUGUGAAACAGCCCCCUGGUUCUAAAAGAAAGAUCAGAUUAGAGUGUUCAUCCCCAGUCUCACUAACCUUUUCUCCCAUUCAUUUUACCUGGAGUUGUUUCAUCAAGCAGCACAUAUUGAAAAUUUUUACUGACAAAUUUGGUCUGAGCCAAUCAGAUGCAUGUAUUUCAUGACAAUAUUAUAUCUCAACUUGUUUUGAUAAAGAGCUGGUUAUAUAUUUUUUUUCAAUACCUAAUUGUGCAAUGCUAUGCAGCCCUGCCAACAAAUAUAUGGUAAUGGAAUAACCUUGCAUUUGGUCCUUGCCUUAUUCUGUUCAUAAAGCAUAAUUUAAUAGUCCUCCACAUGUAGGUAACAUUGAAGUUUAAAAGUGGACUUGAAAUGAAUCCAGGUUAUUAUUGGGCUUUUGAUCAAGGUUUCAUGAGGGUUUUGGGUAAAGGUUAUAUUAAAGAAUGAGGGUUAUUUUCAAAGGGUUUAAUGUUUCCAUGUAGUGAGAAAAUGUAGUAUUAGUUGAGAUCAAAAUAUUUUUUUUAGGGUUGUUAGGAAGAUUUCCGAGGGAAAGGUAUGGGUUGCAAAAGGGGGUUUCAAUUUACUUUUCAGGGCUUGAAUAAUAUAAUAGAACUAAUAUUCUGCUAAUAUAAAGCGCUGAAUAAAUCAGAAUUAAGCGUCGAUGGCUAAGAUUACCCUGGGGACUGGAUCCUCGCCUGCGUACAAUGUGUGCACCUUCUCUCCUUGAGGAGCAUUCCAACAAUAAUUUCCAAACUCAAUUGCAUGUGGAGGAGCCAUGGUGUAGUGGUUCUGACUCUCGCUAUGUAAACAGAGGGUCAUGUGUUGGAAUCCCAACUCGGUCUGGCGUCAUUUGGCAAGGCGUUAAUCCACACUUUGCCACUCGUGACCCAGGUGCUAAAUGGGUACCCGGUAGGAUGUGAAAGUCAGCUUGUAGCUUGUCCUGUACUGUGUACGCACAGGUGACUGAUUGGAAUACUCCCCAGGGAGUGGAGGAUGUGCACACAUUGUGUGCGGGAAUGACUGAUUGAAUCCUGAUGACCGGGAUA